AAAUGACUCGGAAUGAGCUGUAGCGGCAGAUUGCUGUAUUUGAAUAAAUAUCUGUCAUCUGACCUACUUAAUUCCUCGUUGACCGUCUCCGCUCCGCCACGUUCGUGGUAUAAGAACCGGAAUAGCGGAAAAAGAAGGAAUAAUAUGAGUUCUGUCUCAAUCAUAUAGCUAGCAUGCUAACGAGCUAGCAUAGCCAGCAACAGCAUCAUGAGCUGCUGAUGAUACAGACAUCAGUUUUGGAGGUGGCACUCACACAACAAUGUAUGUUUUCUACACAAUUAUCGCAUCCUUAGGAUUUUUUUUCGUUUUGAAAUGGAUGAAAAAGCGAAAGUAUUGCACCGACCUGAAAAGACUCGAUGGCAAGACAGUUCUUAUUACAGGUGGGAAUUCGGGCAUUGGCAAGGACACAGCUGUUUCCUUGGCAAUGAGAGGAGCCCGUGUCAUUAUCGCUUGCAGAGACUCGGACAAGGCUGAGAAGGCUGUGAGGGAGAUCAAGUUUAGAGGCCACAGUCUUAACGUAGUUCACAUGGAGCUGGAUCUGGCCAACCUGCGCUCUGUGAGGGAAUUCUGUAAGAACUUUCUCCAGAGGGAGAAGAGGCUUGACAUCCUGAUCAAUAAUGCAGCGAUGCCCGGCGUCCUUGACUGGACAGACGACAGCUUCAGCAUGUGUUUUGGCGUCAACCACUUGGGUCACUUCCUUCUAACCAACCUGCUUCUGUCUCGCCUGAGGGAAUGCGCUCCCAGCCGAGUGGUGACCCUCACAUGCUCCAGCUACAAAUACCAGAAGCUAGACUUCCAGGACCUCAACUACAACCUGCUGCCCUUCUUCACAUACUGCCGCAGCAAGCUGGCCAACAUCUACUUCAGUCAGGAACUGGCCCGCAUCUCCGAAGGGAAAGGAGUGACCUCCUACGCUGUGCACCCUGGUUUUGUCCAAAGCGGUUGGACCUGCCACUACUCUGUCCUGUUCCGGAUGCUGAUGCAGGUGAUCAUGUGGAUGUUUUUUGUGCCGUGUGAGAUUGGAGCCCAGACUGUCAUCUACUGCGCGGUGUCAGAUGAAGCUGUCAAAUACAGCGGGGGUUACUUCGUCGACUGCCGGCCUGCCACUCUGCGUCCUUUUGCAAGAGAUGCUGGUGUGGCAAAGAAACUGUGGGAGGCCAGCGAGCGACUGGUUAAACUGGCUUGAUCAUACACCCUG